AUGGUUUCAGCAAAUCUACCGGUACCGCUAGAUAACGGCGACUGUAAAGCGAUUAAGCCGACAGCAUCAAAUCUUGUUGAGGAAUUGUUCAAGAAAAAUUUGGUGAUACCAGUCGAGGAUGUCUCCGACAGGCCGCUUUUAUCUAUCGAUGAUAUUACGAAGGCUGUUGGUACGGGCUGUGUGCCAAAGCAAGGCUACCGGCCACUCCACUAA